CUUGCAGAGUACUAGCAAGUCGCACGGCACACCCCCUUCCUCCGCUGCGCAUCAUCCUCCUCCCCCAGCACACAGCACCACCGCGCUAGUCAUCCACUUCGUCGUCCCCCAGCACACACACACCCUUCCUCCGCUGCCUCAGCUAUGGCAGCGCCGAGCUGGAUCCGGCUCCGGCAGGCGCGUGCAACCCUCCUCAUCCUGCUGCUCCUCGCCCUCAACAUCUCCCUUUCCUCCGCCGCCAACUUCGAGGGCUUCGACUCCGACGACCUUCCCUCCGCGGCCGGUGGCCUCGAUGCUGACGAUGACGAGGAAGGUCUCGACGGCGUCGACCUCCCGCCCCCUCCGCCCAUCUCCCUCUCCACCUCUGCGCCAUCACCUCCCGUCACGACGACAUCCGCGCCGAACCCUAACCCCGCUACGCGUACGCCUCGGGACCCCACCCCGGCGCUCGACCUCUGGGACGAGGACGAGUUCGAGGGCAUCCCCGUGCCGGAAGCGAUCCCCUCCGACGACUCCGCCGCGCCGGCCGAGGCCGGCCAGUCAGAUCCCUCCGCCGAGGCUCCUGCCGAGGCAAUUCCGGCCGCGAAGAGGAGCCCAGCUGAGCUCCUCCGCGCGUUCUCCGUCGAGAUCGCGUGUGUCAGCUUCCUGAUCUGCUUCGUGCUCAACUACUUUACGGGGAAGCGGCAAAACGAGAACAUCGCGCUGGCCUGGGCCACCAAGUUCGCCACGAGGGACUCCAUCUUCGACAAGAACUUCAGCCUUCUUGGCACAGGCGACGGCAAGGACACGCCACUCCUGCUCAAGGAAGGGCAGGACGUGUUCAAAUUCUACGCCAGUGGGAGACGCUUCUGCCAGGGCAUGCUCGCCACCAUGGAGAUGCGGGCGCGGCACGACCUGCUGUCAAGGUUCGUCGAGCUGGUCUUCCCUGGGAAGGACACCAUUACGUUCGAGGUGGUAAUGAACGAAGAGGCCAUGGACCAUGUGGUUCUGGCCGUGGCCCGGAAGAAGGCAGCCAAGACGCUGCAGAAAGAGGAAAGGGAUCUGCAGAGGUUUGCCAACGUUAUCACUUCGGCGCCUGCUGGGAGGAAGUGGGUGUCAGAUGAGCUUGCUGUGGUGGCUGAGUCGAAGGAGGUUGCUGGGGAUAUGAUCACUGAGGCUGUGCUUGAUCAGGUUCUUGGUGAGAAGGCAUUUGAGAAAUUUGGGAAGUGGUUCAUCUCGCUUCGUUUUUCAGACCAGUUGGCAGGUUCUUACAAGAAGGUCCUUGCAUUCAAGUUUGUAUUGCCAGAUGCAAGCAACAUGUCAGAGAUGACAAGAUUGGUUGCUCUUGUGCCAUACUACAUUGAUUUGGUUGGCCGUUAUAAGCUCAGCUCUCAUGCUCGCUCUAAAACUGAUGGAGCUAGAACAAAGGCUGCUCAGGAGGCUUUCAGGGAACUACAGAGUGCCCGGCAGGAGGCCCUGCAAAGGAAAAAGGCUGAAAAGAAGAAACUCAUCGAGGAGGCAGAUGCCAAACUAAGCGCUGAGUCACUCAGGAAGAAAGAAGAAAAGGAAAGGGCUCGGCAAAUGAAGAAGUCUGGACCCAAAGUGAAGAUGCUCCGCUCUUAACAACGUCAUGAUUCAAGAAUCUAUCAUAUCUUGGCUUUUGCUAUUCACCUGUUGAUUAGCAUAUAGUUCAGUGUCUGCUAGACUCAUUUAUAUUCUAAUCCUGUGAGAAUGAGCAAAAAGGAUCCAGGAGAAAAGAAUCCUCACUGGCGUUUCGGCUUUUAUUGGAUGUGUGCCAGAAUUAUCCGUGGCCCCACGCCCCCACGCAACUUCUAAGAAAAAUUGGUUAUGCAAAACCUGUGCUGUAUGAGAAAUAGAACUUACAUGAUUCAAUGUGUAGAAUGGUGAUAGAACUAUGAUAUGAAAUUCUAUGCUCGG